CCGUUUUUUGUCUCGUGCCAUUUGCGUAGGCUGGCCUGCAAAAGGGAGAUCAGGAAGAGCUUGGGAGAGAAACCCACGAGGAGAUCUUACCAGGACUUUCGGAAGGAGGUUUUUUGUUUUUUUGUUGUAGGUGUUGCUUUUAUAACCCUGCCUGAAGCCAUGGGGGCUGUGAAGGUUGUUCAUAAGAUUAAAGGGAGCAGAAAAGAGCUUUCAAAAGAGAAGAUUGACACUGUUUUUUAGAGGGAAACUCAGCUUAAGUGUAAAUCAGAUAAACCAGAUUCUACCUGAUGGAGUUUAAAGGGCAACUCUGCUCUGAAACCUCAGAGACGGUUGAGAAAUAGACGUCACUCUCAGAAAGCCUCACACACACAUGACCGGGAGAAGACUUGGGCUUGAAGGAACAUGGAAGCACUGAGAGAGUCGUUUCUACAUUUGACUUUUCAGAUGUCAACGUACAAGAGAGCCACGCUGGAUGAGGAGGACCUCGUGGACUCGGCAGGUGACGACGUCUACCGGUCAUCCCCCAUGCAGGUGACUCUCCUACAAGGCCGCGGCACCACAUGUUUUCCCGGGAAGACGCAGAGGGAGAAGAAGCUGCUGCUUUUAGUGUGUGCGCUGUCCGCCGUCCUGCUCAUAUCCCUCAUUUGUUCGGGAGUUUUCUACAAACAGGCUCACCCGGGCUUCUGCCUGACGGAGCCGUGCAUUAGUGUGGCCAGCACGGUCAUGGGGGCCUUGGACAGAUCCGUGGACCCUUGUCACGACUUCUACAACUUUGCCUGCGGGGGCUGGGUCAAGAAUAACCCCCUCCCCGAGGGGAAGUCCCGCUGGGGGCCUUUCAGCAACCUCUGGGAGCACAACAUGCUUGUAAUGAAGCAUUUAUUAGAAAACACAACGAUGAAAGGCUUGAGUAAGGCUGAGGAAAAGGCCCAGCGGUAUUAUGAGGCCUGCAUGAAUGAGACCAAGAUUGAGGAAUUAGGAGCGAAGCCUCUACAGGAACUAAUCAGCCAGAUAGGAGGAUGGGGUCUGACUGAAUCCUGGAACAAGGACAACUUCCAGGAGGUUCUACGGACGGUAUCGGCGAGCCUGCGCACCUCUCCUUUCUUUACCGUGUUCGUCAGCACCGACUCCAAGAACUCCAACAGCAACGUCAUCCAGGUGGACCAGUCCAGCCUGGGUCUGCCGUCGCGGGAUUACUACCUCAACAAAACGGCCAAUGAAAAGUAUCUCACGGCGUACCUCAACUUCCUGGUGGAGUUAGGCGUUCUCCUGGGUGGCUCGGAGGAGACGUCUCGGACCAUGAUGGAGGAGGUUGUGGGCUUCGAGACCGCCUUAGCCAACAUCACAGUUCCUCUAGAGGAGAGAAGGGAUGAGGAGCUCAUCUACCAUAAAAUGGAGGCCAAAGACCUGAAAGAGCUGGCUCCUGCUGUGGACUGGAUGCCGUUUCUCACAGAAGUCUUCACGCCUGUGCCGCUUAACGAGACAGAGCCCGUGGUUGUUUAUGCCAAGGAAUACCUCCAGAAAGUGUCUGACCUCAUAGCUGAAACAAAUAAAAGCCUACUUAACAACUACAUGAUGAUGAAGGUGGUGAGAAAGAUGGUGUCCGUUUUAGACCAACGGUUCCAGGAUGCAGAGCAGCACUUCCUGGAGGUCAUGUACGGCACUAAGAAGAGCUGCACCCCACGUUGGAAGCUGUGUGUCAGCGACACCGACAGCGCCUUGGGCUUUGCUCUCGGAGCCAUGUUUGUCAAAGCCACUUUUGAUGAGGACAGCAAAGCCAUUGCGGAAGACAUGGUGGGUGAAAUUAAAUGGGCCUUUGAGAAUAGCCUGAAGUAUGUGAGCUGGAUGGACUCGGAGACAAAAAAAGCAGCAAAAGAAAAGGCGGAUGCCAUAUACAACAUGGUUGGAUAUCCAGAGUUUAUCAUGAACGCCACAAAGCUGGACAAAGUGUUCAAUGAUUUCGUGGUGGUGCCAAAACUUUACUUCCAGAAUGUCAUGCAGUAUUACAACUUCUCGGCCAGAGUGACUGCAGACCAGCUGAGGAAAACCCCCAACAGAAACCAAUGGAGCAUGACCCCUCCGGCUGUAAAUGCCUAUUACAACCCGACCAAGAACGAGAUGGUUCUGCCAGCGGGAAUCCUUCAAGCUCCUUUCUAUAGUCGCACGUUGCCCAAAGCUCUUAACUUUGGUGGAAUUGGAGUGGUUAUGGGUCAUGAAUUGAUUCAUGCUUUCGAUGACCAAGGAAGGGAGUACGACAAGGAUGGAAACUUGCGCCCCUGGUGGAAGAACUCUUCUGUGGAGGCAUUCAAGAAGCAAACCCAGUGCAUGAUAGAGCAGUACGGCAACUACAGCAUCAACCAAGAACCUCUGAAUGGAAAGCACACACUGGGGGAGAACAUUGCUGACAACGGCGGACUGAAGGCUGCUUAUAAGGCUUACGUGAACUGGGUCGAGAAGAAUGGAGAGGAAGCCACGCUGCCUGCGGUGGGAAUGACGAACCAUCAGCUGUUUUUCGUCGGGUUUGCACAGGUAUGGUGCUCUGUCAGGACGCCUGAGAGCUCACACGAGGGGGUAAUCACGGAUCCUCACAGCCCGUCAAGAUUCAGGGUCAUCGGCACCAUUUCCAAUUCACGCGAAUUCUCAAAGCACUUUGGUUGCAAAGCAGAUACUCCCAUGAACCCGAAACAUAAGUGUGAACUCUGGUGACGCCUUGUUCCUCAGUGCUCUUUUCCAACAAGGAGAGGAAUGGGAAAAAUAGCAUGAGACACGGACACUGACAAAGUCUUUGUGGACUGAGAUGCGAGAAUCACUGAAACCCUUAAUGCCACACCACUUAAUGCUUAUCAGGCUCAUUACCAGGAUAAAAUGUGCCUGCUUUGUAUGGGCUUUUUGCAAUCUUCAGUGCUUCACCGCAACAACUUGUCUUAGUAACAGCUUCCCUCCAGCACCUAAGUUAAAUGUAUAUCUAUAAAUGUGUUUUUCUUUUUUUCAACACUGGAAACCCAACAGAUGAUAAAUAAGCAAAGUACACUUUCUAUUUUUUGUUCAUGUUACUUUUCUCUUUGAUCUUCUCUGGUUUAUUGUGUUCUAUUUAUAAUUAUAUUUUUUAUAAACAAUGUACCAGGGACCUGCAAGAUUUUUAACUGUGAUUUAAAAAAAAUAAAAUAAAAAACGUUGUCUGAUAA